CACAAUUUCUGUAUCUAUAGUUUUACUGUGUUUAUAGUUAUACACUGACUCUGAUAUUUCUCUGUUUUCGUUAAACUUCAGUUAAAUCACUCCCUUUCAGCUCACUUUAUCUCUCGAAAGAGGCGAAAUGGAUCAACUUUUAAUACUGAAACUGGCAAAUAAUUAUGCUUGCACCCAAAUCUGAUGAGUUAAAUGAAUUUUUUUAAUCUAAAUCUUCCUGAAAGUACUCGGAAAACAUUUCUCAAAGCUUUACCGGCGAUACACAUUUUUUUGUAAUUCAGUGCCGUUCUAGGUUUAAGGUUUAAAAAGUUGAGCUAUCUGGCACAAAAUAAAUCAAUUUUGAAGAUUCAAUCAAAUAUGACCUCUGGUGACCUUUCUAUCGUGAAUGGGGAAGGGAGUGGUGUGAAGAAGAGGGACAAGUGGCAACAUCAGCUUGACUUUGUGUUCUCUCUCAUUGGAUAUUGUGUCGGUUUGGGUAACUUGUGGAGGUUCCCGUACAAGUGCUACAGAAAUGGAGGAGGUGCCUUUCUCAUUCCCUACUUCUCCUGUCUCUUUCUGGCCGGACUCCCUCUGCUCUAUCUGGAAGUAUCUCUGGGUCAGUUCACCAGCAGGGGUCCAUUGGGUGCAUUCGAACUAGCACCCCUCUUCAAGGGCAUCGGUUUCGGCAUGGUCAUCAUAUGCGCCCUAGUGUCUAUUUACUACAAUGUCAUAAUAGCAUGGAUUCUUUAUUACUUUUACAGGGACUCGCUUACCAAAAAUCUGCCAUGGGCUACCUGUGACAACGAGUGGAACACAAAGUACUGCUCUAACAACAAAAUCGAUUGCCAGAUGAAAGGAGGUGUUAUGAUUGGCUACGACUGCAUAAUGGGCUCUGCUAAACAAGUCAUCAAUCAAUCAGAAAUCAAGGACGUCAAAUGGGUUCAAGCGAGCCAAGAGUUCUGGAAACACCACGUCUUGGGCCAGACCAACGAUAUUUUGGAGUUCGGAGGCUUCCAGUGGCACUUGGUGAUUUGUCUGGCAGUCGCCUGGAUUCUUGUGAACCUUUGCAUGUUGAAGGGUAUCAAGAGUUCUGGAAAAGUUGUUUGGGGGACAUCUACACUACCUUACGUGCUUCUUUUGGCUUUGCUAGUACAGGCGUUACUCCUCGAUGGCGCUUCUGAUGGUAUAAGGUACUACCUAACUCCUCAAUGGGAUAAACUUCUAGAGCCUUCUGUCUGGGCAGAUGCUGCUCAGCAGAUAUUCUUCUCUCUUGGUCUCGCUUUUGGAAGUCUUAUGACAAUGGCGAGUUACAAUAAAUUCCGAAACAACGUGGCGCGUGAUGCUUGGAUUGUCUGUUCUAUAAACUGUUUUACGAGUGUUCUCGGUGGUUUCGUGGUGUUCGCGGUCAUUGGGUUUAUGGCCCGAGAGACUGGUCAUCGGGUUGACGAUGUCGCAAGCGAAGGUGCUGGGUUGGCUUUCGUAGUGUUUCCGGAGGCACUGGUUCGACUGCCUGGAUCAUCUCUUUGGUCGGCGCUGUUUUUCCUGAUGUUUCUUUCUUUGGGUCUCGACAGUCAGUUUGCCCAGAUGGAGGGUGUGACAACGGCAGUAUUCGACUACUUUCCCCGCAGCAGAGCAUACAGACCACUGGUGGUGGCAGGAAUCAGUCUAGCCAUGUUCAUAAUAGCACUCCCUAUGGUCACACAGUCGGGAAUCUACUAGUUCAUUAUCUUCGACAACUACAGCUGUGGUUUGCCCCUCAUGAUCAUGUCACUCCUCGAAACUGGCUGUGUCGCAUAUGUUUACGGCAUCAAUAGAUUCUCCGCUGACAUCCAAAUGAUGAUAGGGUCACGACCUGGAAUCUUUAUUCGAAUCUGCUGGGUGGGAAUCACCCCUGUUCUCAUGAGCGCCAUUUUCUUGUUCAACAUGUACAACUACUCUCCGGCCUUCUUCGAGGGAGCCCCCUUUCCACUGUGGGCUGACCUAAUGGGGUGGGGCAUGUCUCUGCUCUCUAUUCUCAUGGUCCCUCUUGUCGCAUUAGUUGAAUUGUUCACGGUCGAAGGAAGUUCUUUCUCUGAGAAACUGAGCGUGACUCUUCGGCCUUCUGAACAGUGGGGUCCUGCAGACCACGAGGACAGAAUGGAGUAUGAACAAAUGAAAAGAUCGGGUGCUGAUUUCAAACUAGACGAAAGGGACUACAGCUGAAAAAUCGAGUGAAAUUUAAUCACAUAAAUUGGGUUUUCUUCAUCUGUAAUUUUGACGUAAUUUUGACUUAAUUUAUAACAGAUCUGUUUUUUCUAUACAUCGAUUGGCCGAAAUAAAAACUUACCAAUACAUAAUUCUAAAUUGACCAAUCAAAUGUUUGUUUGAAAUGGAAAACUACUUUGACAGGCUCCGGCAUGGGAUCUUCAAGAAAAAGCGCAAUGGUACAAAAAAAAUUACCUUUCAAAAACUGAUUGACUUCAAUUGCGUUAUUCUUUAUUUUGACCAGGUCAUAUUAUUUGUAACGUUGUUCCAUUUUUAAGCCCUACCUUUAA